GUGGCCAUUACACAACACGUGCAUCUCGCCGAGAUCAUGUGACCACACCCCGCCUCCCAUCCCUGACACUAGUGAGUACUAUCCCCGCUGCUGUCUACCGUCCGUCACAUUCCCCGGGUCCGUCACUUCACCGACUGUACAGAAUGGGCGUGGAGUGGUUUGGCUUCGGAUAUGCGGCUCUGGUCGCCACAGGAGGGGUCGUCGGCUAUGUAAAAGCAGGUAGCGUUCCGUCUCUUGCUGCCGGCCUACUUUUUGGAAGUUUGGCUGGCCUGGGGGCCUAUCAGAUGUCACAAGACUCAAAGAACGUCCUGCUUUCACUGUUUGCCUCAGGAACGUUGGCCGGAGUGAUGGGAUACCGAUUCUACAACUCUGGGAAGAUCAUGCCUGCUGGAUUAAUUGCUGGUGCCAGCCUGUUAAUGCUGGGAAGACUGGGGAUUAAGAUGUUGCAGAAGCCUCACCAGCCAUGAUGUAAAGCAAGCAGUAAACCUUUGUAUGCAGUCGGUGUCCAGGUCCCGUGUGGCGUGCAAUAUAAAAAUGGUCAUUUUCUAAGUAAAACAAACCUACUUUUACUAAGUAA